AUGGCAAAUACCGGAGUUCCCUUUCAAGUCCCAAUGCUCACUAAGAGCAACUAUGACAAUUGGAGCUUAAGGAUGGUAGCUCUCCUUGGAUCACAUGAUGUGUGGGAGGUGGUCGAGAAGGGCCACAUCGAGCCAGAGAAUGUAGAGAGUCUUUCUCAAGCUCAAAAGGAUAGCUUGAGAGACUCAAGGAAGAUAGACAAGAAAGCUCUCUGUCUAAUCUAUCAAGGAUUAGAUGAAGAUACUUUUGAGAAGAUUUCUGGAGUCAAGUCAGCCAAGGAAGCAUGGGAGAAACUCAAGAUCUCUUACAAGGGAGCAAAUCAAGUAAAAAAGGUACGUCUUCAAACUUUGAGAGGAGAGUUUGAAGCUUUGCAUAUGAAGGAAGGAGAACUAGUCUCAUAUUACUUUUCAAGAUUUUUAACGGUUACCAAUAACCUAAAAAGAAAUGGUGAGAAGCUAAACGAUGUAAGAAUUAUGGAGAAAAUUCUUAGAUCAUUAGAUCCAAAGUUCGAACAUAUCAUCAUCAUUACCGAAGAAAUAAAAGACUUGGAGGCCAUGUCAAUAGAGCAACUUCUUGGUUCAUUGCAAGCUUAUGAAGAAAAGAAAAAGAAAAAGGAAGAGAUCAUGGAGCAAGUCUUCAAGGCACAUGUUGAUUCAAGAAAAGAAGAAAAUGCACACAACCAAUCAAGGCAAAGUUAUAGUCAAGAACAAGGACGAGGGCGUGCAUAUGGAUGUGGACAAGGACGAAAGCCUAACAACAAUAACCAAAGAGGAGAAAGCUCCAAUAGAGCCACUAACAAAAAUAAAGUCGAAGAGAAAGCCAAUUAUGCUGAAGAAAGGUGUCAAGAAGAUGGUACCUUGCUACUGGCUUACAAAGGCCAAUAUAAAGGCGAGGAUAAUCAGUGGUACCUUGACAAUGGAGCAAGUAACCAUAUGUGUGGGAAAAGGAGCAUGUUCGUAGAGCUUGACGAAUCAGUAAAGGGAAACGUGGAUUUUGGAGAUGAAUCAAAGGUUGCGGUGAAAGGAAAAGGUAAUGUCCUCAUCUGA